AUGGCUUCCGAAAUGAUCAAAAAGUUCAGAGAGAAGGCCGAGAUCUUCCACGGCGAGGAGCUAUGCAAGAAGAAAUCAGUUGAGUUCUUGGAAGAGAUGGAGCUGCCCAACAAUUUGCUACCAGUUAAUGAGAUGGAAGAGCUGGGCAUCAACAAAGAAGAUGGCUUCUUCUGGUUGAAGCUGAAGAAAGCCCAGAAGUACAAAUUCCUCAAAGAUUACACUCACUAUGCUACAGAAAUCUGCAGCUUCAUCGAGCCUCGUCGGCUUAAAGACUUGAAAGGAGUGACUGCUAAGGAGUUGAUGCUCACCUUCACUAUCAGCGAUAUUUAUAUAGAGGAUCCUUCCUCUGGGAAGAUUACCUUCAAGACUACCAGUGGCAUUUCUCGUAAACAACCCAUCUCUGUCUUUGAGCUCCCAAAACCUGACAAGAAAUGA